AUAUUCUCGUGUCAGUGAUUUAUUUUACGAUAUGGAGUCUAUUUCUCCGAUUUCCUUUUGAUUAGUAAAUUAUACUUUUCGAUUCUCUCUUCGCUUUGCUUUGCUUUAAAGCGUUCUCAACAACAACAAAGAAAUAAAGGAAAAAAGAAAGAAAAAGAAAACUCAUAAUCCGUGAUUUGAGCCAAUUAUAAUCGUCAGUUUACAUAUUAUUCUAUUCUGGGGUUAAUUCAUAAUUGGGUUUGUAUUUGUCUCUUGUUCGAGUUAGUGUGAGAGAUUAGGGAUAACAAAAUCAGACAUUAAUUAGAAAAGGUUUCUGACGUUUUCUAUUCGACCCAGAUUCUGAUUUCUUCUGGAAAAUUUUGGAUUUUUUUUUUGAGUUUGAGACGAAAGUGAAUCUGAAUCGAUUAGUAAGAGUUUGGUCUCUCUCGGAUGAAUUCUCCGCUGAGUUCCAAGAAUCUGAGGCUCUUUACAAACUCUGUUGCUUUCAAAUGUCUUCUUCUUGUUGGUAUUGCUCUGUUCUACAGAGCUCUGUUGCUCUCUUACACUUCCAGAAACGCUCUCAGCGGUGGCUCACUGGUUCCAGCUCGUCACAUGUCCGAUUCCUCCUCAACCAAUGGUAUCCGAACUGAUAAGUUUCUCGAGGUUCCUCAGAUCGUCUGGGGUCUAAACAAUCAGAAGAUUGCUUUUGCUAGAGCUUGCUUGACGGCCAGAUUGAUGAACAGGACGCUUCUCAUGCCUAGUCUAAGUGCUUCCUUGUUCUACAAGGAAGUUGAUAAGCUGCGUCCCAUCCCGUUUGAUCAAGUGUUUCAGUUUGAAAGAUUCAACUCUCUCUGUUCCGGCUUUGUGCGGCUUUCUCGGUUCCCUGAUGUUAGAAACAGAGCACAAGUGUUUGAUCUAGAGAAAGGUAGUGGGAGAAGAUGGACGGUUGAAAGAGACAUGGAACAGUUGAAACAUUCCUCCCGUAACGAGUCCAUCGAUGAGUUUGAGGUGAUCCGUGUCAUAGGGAAAAACCCGUUCUUGUGGCAUGAUCAUUGGCCCGUAGAAGACUAUGCUAAGGUCUUUGAGUGUAUGGUGGUGGUUGAUGAAAUCUCAAGAGAAGCAGAUAAAGUUGUGAUGAAAAUCAGAGAAGCAGGCGAGGCAGAAAGAGCGAAACUCGGAUCCAAAACCGAAACGCUCCCCGGUCCAAUACCUUUUGUUGCAGUUCACAUGAGGAUAGAGAUAGAUUGGAUGAUACAUUGUAAGAAAUUAGAGCAACGGCAAAAGGUCUCAGAGAUUUGUAGUAGUAAAAGAGAGAUUAUGGAGAGAGUAGGGAACAUUUCUAGUUUGAAGACUCCAACAGUUCUUUACCUUGCAGUAGCGGAUACUCUCUUGGAAGAAAAAGAAGAAGAUUCAUCGGUGUUAAGGGGUUGGAGAGAUGGAUUAAUACCGUUUGAGAAGAAGAAGCUUGGGGUUAAAGAGGAGAUUUAUGGAAAGUAUUCAUAUUUGAUUCAAUCUGCUAUAGACUAUGAAGUGUGUUUGAGAGCGGAUGUUUUUGUCGGUAAUAGCUUUUCCACUUUCUCUAGUCUCAUUGUCCUUGAGAGGACGCAGAAGGCAAGAAAGUUAGGGGUUAUGAGUUCUUGUGACGACGGUGAAAACAAGUGGAGAUCUUAUGCAUACAAUCUGGCUGGUGAAUCCAAGGGAGUUCCAAGGAGGUGGAUGACGAAUAUGACUCAUUCGAGCUUGCAAGCUAUUAGCUACGGCUCUAAUUCUGUUUCUUGUUCAAGUGGGUGAAGUUUGUAUUUUGGAUUUAGUUUUUUUUGGCUUUCUUUCAUAAAAUUCGUUUAUUUGUGGGUGUAAAUAACUUGUGUAAAGUUUAUAGGAAAAAGAACAAUGCCUAAAUCUUCAAUU